CGUCACUUCCGCCGAAUCCCUGACCUGCUGCUAGGAUCGCGACGGGAACUGGAGCCCGAGGUCCCCGCGCGGCCCGGGCCUGGCGCCCUGAGGGGAAGAGCGGCCCGGCCCGAGGUGAGGAGGACAGACUUGGGCGAGGGGAAGUUGAACGCACGAACCUGCCCUGAGGGAAAGAUGCCACUGAGCUCUGGGGAAGGAUGAGGACACACCUGAUGCCCAGGGCGCUGGGGUGGAGACUUUGACUCCAAUCCCUUCCCUAGCCAUGACGGACGGGAUCCUAGGGAAGGCAGCCACAAUGGAGAUCCCCAUCCACGGGAACGGUGAAGCGGGGCAGCUUCCUGAGGAUGAUGGGCUGGAGCAGGACCUCCAGCAGGUGAUGGUGUCAGGACCCAACCUCAAUGAAACCAGCAUUGUGUCUGGUGGCUAUGGGGGCUCUGGUGAUGGACUCAUCCCCACAGGGUCUGGCCGCCAUCCAUCUCACAGUACCACUCCUGCUGGCCCCGGAGAUGAGGUGGCUCGGGGCAUCGCUGGAGAGAAGUUUGACAUCGUCAAGAAAUGGGGCAUCAAUACAUAUAAGUGCACAAAGCAGCUGUUGUCAGAAAGAUUCGGCCGAGGCUCCCGGACUGUGGACCUGGAGCUAGAGCUGCAGAUUGAGUUGCUGCGUGAGACGAAGCGCAAGUAUGAGAGUGUCCUGCAGCUGGGCCGGGCACUGACAGCCCACCUCUACAGCCUGCUGCAGACCCAGCAUGCACUAGGUGACGCCUUUGCUGACCUCAGCCAGAAGUCCCCAGAGCUUCAGGAGGAAUUUGGCUACAAUGCAGAGACACAGAAGCUGCUGUGCAAGAAUGGAGAGACACUGCUAGGGGCUGUGAACUUCUUUGUCUCUAGCAUCAAUACAUUGGUCACCAAGACCAUGGAAGACACGCUCAUGACUGUCAAACAGUAUGAGGCUGCCAGGCUGGAAUAUGAUGCCUACCGAACAGACUUAGAGGAGCUGAGCCUAGGCCCCCGGGAUGCAGGGACGCGUGGUCGACUCGAGAGUGCCCAGGCCACUUUCCAGGCCCAUCGGGACAAAUAUGAGAAGCUGCGGGGAGAUGUGGCCAUCAAGCUCAAGUUCCUGGAAGAAAACAAGAUCAAGGUGAUGCACAAGCAGCUGCUGCUCUUCCACAAUGCCGUGUCAGCCUACUUUGCUGGGAACCAGAAACAACUGGAGCAGACCCUGCAGCAGUUCAACAUCAAGCUGCGGCCUCCAGGAGCCGAGAAGCCCUCCUGGCUAGAGGAGCAGUGAGCUGCUCCUAGCCAAACCUGGCUAUCAAGAAGGACAUCGGGAGAGGCAGUCCCAGGGUGGGAGAGAUUGGACAUGGGACAUCCCUUGCCACCUGCCCUCUGGCUUGGGUUCCCUUUCCCUUGCUGGGGCCUCAUACCAGUUUUGCCCACACUGCUGUGGUAGGGAGGGGGCCUGCAGGCCCAGCAGCUGCUGCCCUGUCCUUUAUCUUCCUGGCCACUGGGCUUCAUUCCCAGAUCUUUUCCUUCCACUCCACAGCCAAAGGCUAUGACAAAACCACUCCCUGGCCAAUGGCAUUACUCCUCAGGCCUAUCCCCAGCUCCUGGGGUGUGCCCCCUGACCAAUGGCAGAGUCUCAAAAGGCCCUGUCAGCCAAUGGCAGCUCUUCUUGGGCUCCCCUGAGCCAAUGAUGUUGCCUCCAAUACCCUUUGUCCCUCCUCUAUGCGUCCCCAAUGCAGAGAAGGGGACUGGGACCAAAGGGGUGGGGAUAAUGGGGAGCCCCAUUUCUGGCCCUGCAUCUGAAUGGGCUUCCCCUCACCAACCCACCCAGUUUAAUUGUGCUUAGAGCCCUGGAAGAUUGGGAACUAGCACUAGGAAUAAACCUUUCAUAAAAGCA